AUGGCUCCCAUGCUCGCAGCGCACUCCCGUGGUCCCCUGCAACACACCGUGUCGCAUGUCGCGAGCCCCACCCACCUCCGCGCAAGCCCCGCGCACACCACUGCAGAACUCCAUUUAAACCCAAACGCCCAUUUCCAAAGCCCCGCCUGCGCGUACGACCGGAGCGCUUUUAUACUCCCGACCCUUAGGCUGUCUCAUCUCGCGCCUUUUCCUCCAACGUCUCUGCUCUCGUCUUCCGCGUACUUGGUCUCGUCGCCGCUCCGCGCAUCUCGCCGCGUUUCCCGAUCGGGGUCGCGCAGUCUCCGAGCCCCCGUGGCGCGGAGAGACGACGCGUCGGCAGCGGAGUCGGCGACGGCGCAGCGGAGCACUGCAUCCAGCAGCGCGCGCGCACAAGGGGCGCGGGUUGGCGGAGGGGGUGACAUUUCAAGCGGAGGAAGUAGUACUGGAAGCGGAGGCAGUGUUCCGCGCGCGGGCGGCGCAAGCGGCGCGGGAAGAGCGGGGGAAGCUCAACGAGGAAACUCGGGGUCCAGAGGGAACGCGGGAGGAUCUAGGGGCUCCGGUGAAGCCGCGAGGGGCGGAGGAGAGGUUCAGAGGCGCGCGGGAAGCGGAGGGGAGAGCGGCGGAGGGCUUGAGGGGCGGGGGCGGGGGCGGGCGGUGCGGCUGCUGUCGGAUCUGUGUCUGCUGCAUGACUUGAGCCUGGGCGACAGCGGCCCUGAAGUUGCUGACGUGCAGAGCGCUCUGCUCCACUUUGGCUUCUUCCCGGAUGCUUCCUUGGUGACCGGGUUCUUCGGGCCGAUAACACGGGCGAGCAUAGAGGAGUUUCAGGAGCAGCACGGGCUGCAACGAUUGGGUUUAGGCGCCUCACAUUGCCCCCCCUCCCCCCCCUCGCCCCUUUUCCUCUCCCUCCCCCUACUUCCUCCCCCCACUCCUCCCCCCAACCCCCAGGUUCUUCGGGCCGAUAACGCGGGCGAGCAUAGAGCAGUUUCAGGAGCAGCACGGGCUGCCUUGCUUGAGUACCUUGCAGUGCUUGAGUACCUUGCUGUGCUUGAGUACCUUGCUGUGCUUGAGUACCUUGCUGUGCUUGAGUACCUUGCUGUGCCUGAGUACCUUGCUGUGCUUGAGUACCUUGCUGUGCUUGAGUACCUUGCUGUGCUUGAGUACCUUGCUGUGCUUGAGUACCUUGCUGUGCUUGAGUACCUUGCAGUGCUUGAGUACCUUGCUGUGCUUGAGUACCUUGCUGUGCUUGAGUACCUUGCUGUGCUUGAGUACCUUGCUGUGCUUGAGUACCUUGCUGUGCUUGAGUACCUUGCUGUGCUUGAGUACCUUGCUGUGCUUGAGUACCUUGCUGUGCUUGAGUACCUUGCUGUGCUUGAGUACCUUGCUGUGCUUGAGUACCUUGCUGUGCUUGAGUACCUUGCUGUGCUUGAGUACCUUGCUGUGCUUGAGUACCUUGCUGUGCUUGAGUACCUUGCAGUGCUUGAGUACCUUGCUGUGCUUGAGUACCUUGCUGUGCUUGAGUACCUUGCAGUGCUUGAGUACCUUGCUGUGCUUGAGUACCUUGCUGUGCUUGAGUACCUUGCUGUGCUUGAGUACCUUGCUGUGCUUGAGUACCUUGCUGUGCUUGAGUACCUUGCUGUGCUUGAGUACCUUGCUGUGCUUGAGUACCUUGCUGUGCUUGAGUACCUUGCUGUGCUUGAGUACCUUGCUGUGCUUGAGUACCUUGCUGUGCUUGAGUACCUUGCUGUGCUUGAGUACCUUGCUGUGCUUGAGUACCUUGCUGUGCUUGAGUACCUUGCUGUGCUUGAGUACCUUGCUGUGCUUGAGUACCUUGCUGUGCUUGAGUACCUUGCUGUGCUUGAGUACCUUGCUGUGCUUGAGUACCUUGCUGUGCUUGAGUACCUUGCUGUGCUUGAGUACCUUGCUGUGCUUGAGUACCUUGCUGUGCUUGAGUACCUUGCUGUGCUUGAGUACCUUGCUGUGCUUGAGUACCUUGCUGUGCUUGAGUACCUUGCUGUGCUUGAGUACCUUGCUGUGCUUGAGUACCUUGCUGUGCUUGAGUACCUUGCAGUGCUUGAGUACCUUGCUGUGCUUGAGUACCUUGCUGUGCUUGAGUACCUUGCAGUGCUUGAGUACCUUGCUGUGCUUGAGUACCUUGCUGUGCUUGAGUACCUUGCUGUGCUUGAGUACCUUGCUGUGCUUGAGUACCUUGCUGUGCUUGAGUACCUUGCUGUGCUUGAGUACCUUGCUGUGCUUGAGUACCUUGCUGUGCUUGAGUACCUUGCUGUGCUUGAGUACCUUGCUGUGCUUGAGUACCUUGCUGUGCUUGAGUACCUUGCUGUGCUUGAGUACCUUGCUGUGCUUGAGUACCUUGCUGUGCUUGAGUACCUUGCUGUGCUUGAGUACCUUGCUGUGCUUGAGUACCUUGCUGUGCUUGAGUACCUUGCUGUGCUUGAGUACCUUGCUGUGCUUGAGUACCUUGCUGUGCUUGAGUACCUUGCAGUGCUUGAGUACCUUGCUGUGCUUGAGUACCUUGCUGUGCCUGAGUACCUUGCUGUGCCUGAGUACCUUGCUGUGCUUGAGUACCUUGCUGUGCUUGAGUACCUUGCAGUGCUUGAGUACCUUGCUGUGCUUGAGUACCUUGCUGUGCUUGAGUACCUUGCUGUGCUUGAGUACCUUGCUGUGCUUGAGUACCUUGCUGUGCUUGAGUACCUUGCUGUGCUUGAGUACCUUGCUGUGCUUGAGUACCUUGCUGUGCUUGAGUACCUUGCUGUGCUUGAGUACCUUGCUGUGCUUGAGUACCUUGCUGUGCUUGAGUACCUUGCUGUGCUUGAGUACCUUGCUGUGCUUGAGUACCUUGCUGUGCUUGAGUACCUUGCUGUGCUUGAGUACCUUGCUGUGCUUGAGUACCUUGCUGUGCUUGAGUACCUUGCUGUGCUUGAGUACCUUGCUGUGCUUGAGUACCUUGCAGUGCUUGAGUACCUUGCUGUGCUUGAGUACCUUGCAGUGCUUGAGUACCUUGCUGUGCUUGAGUACCUUGCUGUGCUUGAGUACCUUGCAGUGCUUGAGUACCUUGCUGUGCUUGAGUACCUUGCUGUGCUUGAGUACCUUGCUGUGCUUGAGUACCUUGCUGUGCUUGAGUACCUUGCUGUGCUUGAGUACCUUGCGGUCUCCAUGUCCGUUUCUGCCAUGGGCAGCAGAGGCAUGGUGAUGCUCUCUGCUCCCUUCCUGCUCGCCGCUGCUGUCGCUGCUGCUGUCACCGUCCGCCGAUUCAUCAUGCCCCUCGCCUCCUCCUCCUCCCCUUCUUCCACCACACACAAGACGCAGCAGCAACAUCAGCAGCAACAGCAGCAGCAGCAGCAGCAGCAGCAGCAGCAGCAGCAGCAGCAGCAGCAGCAGCAGCAGCAAGAAUCAUAUCCGCCUUUUCCCCUUGCAACAGCCGUCACUGCGAGACCUCCCACCCCUGCGCCGUCCCUCUAUCCAGGCGCACCCACACCCUCACCACCAGUGAUUCGUGCAUCUUACACACCUGCAGCUACUGCUUCCUCUCAGUCAUCCUUAUAUGAGGAUCCUCUGGAUGCAUCCCCACAUGAGCAUUUCUCGCUCAAUACACUGUCGCCCCAAGCACAGCAAGCAGAGCUGCUGUCGCUCCAGCUCACCUCCUCGGAACCACUGCCAGCUUCCCUGCCUGCAUGGCAAUCCACGUCAGCAUCAUCUUCCACGUCAGCGCCAUCGUCCUCGUCCUCCUCAUCCUCCUCUACCUCUUCCUCCGCCUCAUUAUCAUCAUCAGCAGCAGCCUAUGGUCGGCGCAUAACAGUGAACGAUACAGUCGUGCUGCCACCACUGCCACCAGAAGGAGAAGGAGAAGGAGAAGAAGCAGGAGCAACAGCAGCGCCAGCGGCUGCGAUAGGUGAAGCAGGUACUCAAGACGCCUAUUACUAUGGCACACACCAAGGUGCAUGGCAACGUGAGCAGCAGCGGCAGCAAUUAGAGGAACAGGAAGCAUGGGAGGAGUAUCCUCGUUAUAGUGAAGCUCCGGAUCAUGCUUCUAAGUCUGGUCCUGUGGGUGUAACGGAUCCUGUGCUGAUUCCCGUGUGGGAUGGUGGUGAGGGGGGCCGUAGUGGGGAGAUAUUUGUGGGCGCAGCAGGAAUGGCAAGAGGCAGUCCAGGAGGAAGCGGAGGAAGCGGAGGAAGCGGAGGAAGCGGAGGAAGCAGAGGACGACAGGAAAAAGGUACAAUGGGAGUGGCAGGAGCGGCAGCAGCAAGUGGAGCAACAGGGGUGGUGGGACGAAGAGAAGGGAGGGGGGAAGACGCAUGUAUAGAAGAAAACGAAGGGUUUGCAUUAACGGCAGCAGUGGCAGGAGUGACAGAGACGGGAGGUGCUGGUAGUGGUGAGCCGAAUAGGGCGAGUGAUAUGCUAGGCUCUGUUGGUGCGAGUGCAGGGGUAGCAGGUGUGGUGGCUGGGGUGGCAGGGGUGGCAGGGGCGGCAAUGCUGGCAGGGGUGGCAAUGAGUGGUGGUGUGUGGGGCGCGAGUGAGGGAGAAGAGGGAGUGACAGAUGAAGUGAAUGUGGAGAGGGACGGCGAGGAGACACGGAUAGAUGAGGAGGAGGCCGAGGGGGAGGAAGAGAAGAUGGAUGAUGAAGUGAAAGAUGAAGAGGAAGUGGGAGAGACUGUGAAAGAUGAAGAGGAAGAGGGAGAGGAAGUGGGAGAGACUGUGAAAGAUGAAGAGGAAGAGGGAGAGGAAGUGGGAGAGACUGUGAAAGCGGAAGAGGAGGAGCGGUGGGUAGGGACAUUGGCAGUGGAAGCAAGUGAGGAGGAAGGGGAGGCGAAAGCGGAAGGCAGAGAGGAUGGCACAGCAGCAGAAACAAUCAGGGCCGUUUCGGCAUCCACAGACGAGCAUGGCGUGACACACGAGGAGUGGGCGAGGGGGAAGAGUGGAGAGACAGAGGAGGCGCAAGUGGGGCCGGAGAAGGUAGAGAGAGUGGGGGAGGCAGUAGGGCACGCAAUAGGGGACGCAAUAGGGGAAGCAGUGGGGGAAGCAGUGGGGAGGAAUGGAGAGGAGGAGUUGGUAGCGCUUGGGUUGGUCAGUAGCAUUGAGGAUGGGGCGACAGUGGCUGUGAUAGAGGGUGGUGAAGGGUUGAUGGCGGAUAGAGAUGAUAUCCUGACAGGAGUGCAGGGAGCACCCGUGGAGGGGAGUGGUGACACGGGUGCGAGUGGGAAUGAGAGUGAGGGCACGGAGGAGAGUGGGAGUGAGAGAGAGAGAGAGGCGGCAGGUAAGGGGGAAGAGGCGGGCGCAGGUUCGGUGGACGGUAGUGGCAGUGAGGGCGGGGAUUCACGGCAUGACUGUGAUCUGGGGGAGGCGGAGUGCAGAAAUGGGGAGGGAGGAGUACGGGGGGAGGCAGGGGGAGAGGGAGAGGAAGGCGAUGAGCUUGUGAUGGGGAGAUUAGAGGUGGAGGCGAGGGGAGAGGUGGAGGAGAGAGAAGGGGAGGUGAAGGGGAGAGGGGAGGUGGACGAGGGUGCAGGAGUGGUAACGGAGGCAGGAGAGGGGGAGGAGGGAGAAGACGAGGUAAAAGGGGGAGGAGGAGUGGAGAGAGAAGAGGAUGUAAAAGGGAAGGGAGAGGUGCAGCGAGAAGAGGAGGUGGAGAAAAGUGAAGGAGAGGAGCAGGGGAAAAGAGAGGUGGAGGAGGGCGCAGGAGACGUUAUAGGGAAAAUGGAGUUGAAGGAGGGAGAAUGGGAGGUGGGAGUGGUGGGAGAGAGCGAGGGAAAGGUAAGAGUGGAAGGAGAAAUAGAGAGGAUUGAAGAAGUGAUGGUGGAGCACGAUGAGAUGAUGGGGGGUGAGGACGUAAUGGGUGAGGUGCAAGAGACGAGGGAAGAAGCACACGAGAUGAAAGAGGAAGCACAAGAAGCAAAGGAGGAGGCACAAGAGACAAAGGAGGAAGGACAAGAGACUAAGGCGGAGGCACAAGAGACGAUGGAGGAAGCACAAGAGACAAGGGAGGAGGCACAAGAGGCAAGGGAAGAGGCACAAGAGACAAAAGAGGAAGCACAAGUGACGAAGGAGGAGGGAGAAGAGACAAAGGAGGAGGCACAAGAGACAAAGGAGGAGGCACAAGAGACCAAAGAGCAGGCACAAGAGACAAAGGAGGAGGCACAAGAGGCAAAGGAGGAGGCACAAGAGACAAAGGAGGAAGCACAAGAGACAAAAGAGGAGGCACAAGAGACAAAGGAGGAAGCCCAAGAGACAAAAGAGGAGGCACAAGAGACAAAGGAGGAAGCACAAGAGACACAGGAGGAGGCACAAGAGACAAAGGAGGAGGCACAAGAGACAAAGGAGGAGGCACAAGAGACAAAGGAGGAGGCACAAAAGACAAAGGAGGAGGCACAAGAGACACAGGAGGAGGCACAAGAGACAAAGGAGGAGGCACAAGAGACAAAGGAGGAAGCACAAGAGACAAAAGAGGAGGCACAAGAGACGAAGGAGGAGGCACAAGAGACAAAGGAGGAGGCACAAGAGACACAGGAGGAGGCACAAGAGACAAAGGAGGAGGCACAAGUGACACAUGAGGAGGUACAAGAGGCAAAGCAGGAGGCACAAAAGACAAAGGAGGAGGCACGAGAGACACAGGAGGAGGCACAAGAGACAAAGCAGGAGGCACAAAAGGCAAAGGAGGAGGCACGAGAGACAAAGGAGGAGGCACAAGAGACACAUGAGGAGCAAGGAGAGGUUGGACGAAGCAGAGAGGAAGGGAAGCUAGAAGAAGAGGAAGAGAGCAAAGAAGAAAUAGGCACAGAGACAGAACGAGGGGAAGAGGCGAGUGGAAGCGAGAUAGUGGAGAGAGGAGGGAAGGCGUUAGUCGAGACAGAGGAGAGGAAUGGAGCGGAGCCGGAAGGCGAAGGAGAGGAGGAGCGGCGCGGUGGGAAGAGUGAAGGAGAAGAGGUAGAGAAGAUGGUGGUUGGUGGUGAAGGAGUUGGAGACACGGUGGUAAGAGACGUGGAGGACGGUGCCAGUGACCAGAAGUGUGAAAGCACUGAAGUGAGUGAGAGUGGUGGGGUGUUGGUGGUGACAGAAGGGGGGAGACAGGGAGAGGGAGCGGGAGAGGAAGUAGAAGAGGGAGUGGGGGAAGAGGGAGAGGGAGAGGAAGAGGAAUUCACAGCAGCCACAGGGGAAGAGGAGGUGGGUGUGAGUGCAGGCAGCACAGCCGAGCAGGCCACACGAGGCACAGAAGGCACAGACAAGGGCGCAGGCAUUUCAGGGUUCAUGAGUGUCGAUGACAGUGUUGGCGGCACUGGUGGUGGUGGUGGUGUGCUGUCGUUGCAGGCAGGAGAGACGUUGGGGAGAGGCCGUGCUGGUAGAUAUGGUGCCGUGGGGGAGGAUGAGGAGGAAGGAGAUGAAUGGGAAGGCGUGUGGGCCGAUGGCGUGUGGUGUGAGUUGGAUGAAUGGGCAGAGGAGGAGGAAGAGGUGGGUGAUGGUUGUGAUGAUGUUGUUGAUGCAGUGGGUGGUGGUGGUGUGGGUGUGGACGAGUGGAUACUUGCAGGUGCGGCAUGGGGUGAGGGAGGAAGUGGAGACGGAGGAGGGGAAGGAGAGGGAGGAAGGGGAGGAGGAGAGGGGAGGGAAGUGGUGGACGGGGCAGCGUUGCAAGGGCAGGAGGCUGGGAAGGCAGCAGCUGCAGGCUGUGUUGGUGAUGAUGCUGAUGGCGCUGGUGCUGCUGAUGGCACUGGUGACAGUGAGAGGGUGAGCAAGGAGAGGAAGGAGGGGGAUGGGGUGAGAGCGGUAAGUGACAGCGGCACAGGAAUCAGCGGUAAGGUACAGGAGAAGGAGUCUGGUUCUUCUGGUGUCAGUGGUGGGGAGAAGGAAGCAGCAGGGAAGGUAGGGGAGCAGCAGGCAGUGGUGGCAGGGACGGUGGGGGAGCAGCAGGCAGUGGUGGCAGCAGCAGGGGAGGAUGGCAUGGGCGUGGCGUUCAAGGAGACGGGUGAUGGUGCUGUGGAGCUGUGGUGGUGGCAGGUGGACGGUUGGGACAUGGGCGAGGAGAGCGAGGGCGGUCGAGGGUAG